AUGUUGUCGUUUAUCGUGCUACUCCUCAUUGCCACAGUCCUUGUGGUCGGAAGCGAUGAGCGACAUGAAGAUAAAGCUCUGGAGGUUUUCCAAGCAGCAAAUCCACCUCGAAAAACUUUUGACGAUGUUGUUUGCCGCCAGACGAUUGUGCAGCACGUAUUUGAGAACAGCUAUGGUGCACCGUUCGCAGGAACCUACACCCCGCCCCACUACUGCGACUUUACAACAGUGGUCUUGAACCUGUCUGCGACAUCUCAAGGCCGCCAACAUGACCGCUUGGCUCUUCUCUAUUUCAAUGAUGUCGAAAUCUGGCGUACUUCGACGCCCACGCCGACGCAGUCUGGAAUCCACUGGUCUUACGUCAAGGACAUCACCAUCUUCCGCUCGCUGCUGGACAGGGAACAGAAAGUCAUCUUCGACUUGCCCAACGCCAUUGAUGGAAACCUCUACACUGGUGCGUUCAAUGUAACCAUCGAGGCGCUUUACUUCAAUGAUGAAUACCAGUCAGGCUUCACGCCUGCCGAGGAGAUCUUCGCUAUCUCGAACCUGACGUCGGCUCAGAAUACCCCAAGUGUCUUUAAUCUCCCUGGUGAUAGUGGAGUGGCAAAUCUAACGCUCCCUAGAAACAUCAAGAACGCUGUAGUGUCCAUCAUGGCUUCGGGAAACGGAGCCGAAGAAUUUUGGUUCGCAAACGUCCCUUCCGAGUACACCGACACGUUCUCGACCAGCCCGCUGGGACCGCUGUCUGGACACAGCCCUUUCCGAGAGGUUCAGUUGCUCAUAGAUGGGCAACUGGCCGGCAUCUCAUGGCCCUUUCCCAUCAUAUUUACUACAGGCAUUGACCCUGGUGCAUGGCGCCCAAUUGUUGGUCUCAACGCCUAUGACCUCCCAAGCUUCGAGGUUGAUGUGACACCUUGGCUAUCACUUCUUUGCGAUGGCCAGGCGCACAGUUUCCAACUUCAGGUUGUUGGUUAUGACAGUCUUACUCAAGACAAUAUUGGUACUGUUGGCGACAACUGGUGGGUUUCAGCAUCACUGUUCGUGUGGUUAGACCAUGCGGUCAAUGAGACUGAGGCUGGCCCAAUCAACAAAGUUCACUCCGGCCCAACGUUUGAUUUUGAAGCAUUUAUUGGUACAGAAAUAUCCUCCAAUGGCUCUGUUUCCAACACCUCAUUUUCAUUCUCAUUGGCCGCAGAGCGUUCUCUCUCAAUCACAUCUACACGAGCAACGACCAACGGGACACGUGUCGUAUCGUGGCAUCAGCACCUAUCAUAUAUCAGUAUUCAAAACUUGACAAACAGCGCGUUGAAUCAGACAACUUCUGCGGUCACGUCGGGGAGUCACUACAGCGAUGUUUCCGAUGUGGUGUCACGCUAUGUGUAUCCACUCACUCUGUACAGCUCAUACGAUGUGUCCCCAGAAGGCCCGGUCAUACAUCCAGGAUCUGUCCUAUGCAUGGUGGACCGUAGUGCGAUAGAUGAUGGUGUCAACUUGCUUCAAUUAUACUCAGGGGUUGAAGUUGGCACCAAGAGCCUUGUGGCUAGACAGAAUAUUACCAGCAAAUACUACUGGAACGACACAAUUGCAGAAGGAACAGGUAGCAACAACAAAUGUAACGGAGAGACUUGGUUCACGUACUCUGGCGCGCCUGCAUUCGCAGCUGGCGUUAAGGAGUACUCAAGAUAUCUUAGAGAAUCUGAUGACCCAAUUGUCGCAGAUCAACAGGCCUGGACCACAAUAGUCGUGCCAAAUACAAUACCGAUGUGGGACGUGGAGGGAUAG